AUGAAUGUCCGCGCGUCUAUUGAGACUGCAGCGAUAUUCAAUUACAAAGAUGCUGGCGCGCCUGACAAGGCUGCAGCCUCAUCGACCACGAAUGUCUGCGCGUCUAUUGAGACUGCAGCGAUAUUCAAUUGCAAAGAUGAAGUGUGCGCGCCUGACAAGGCUGCUGCCCCAUCAACCACGAAUAUUUGCAUGUCUCUUCAGACUGUAGCAAUAUUCGAUUGCAAAGAUGCCGGCACGCCUGACAAGGCCGCUACAUUGGCACUCAAGUACAAUGAUGUUGGCGCACCUGAAAAGGUUGCUGCAUUGGCAUCCACGAACUACAAUGAUGUUGGCGCGGCUGAUAAAGCUGCUGCAUUGGCAUCGAAGAGCGUUGGCACAUCUAUGCAGAUAGCUGCCUCUUUCAACCCCUUGGACAAUGUUCAAGAAGGGCACCCAUCACAGUCUUCGGCUUACGGCAAUCAUUUGUCGAAUCAGUUUCACGAAUCAUGCUUUGUUGUGUUUUGGGGGGCGGCGGCAGCGGCGGCGGUGAUGGCCGUGAUGGGCGAGGAGGUGAAUGAGAUGGUGGCGGCCGGCCCGUGGAACCAGAGUUUACAAGUCUCUCUCACAUCGUUCGUACAAACGAUCGAUCGCGAAGCUGACAGUAAUCAAAUAGCCAAGAAGGAGAAGAAGGAGGAGAAAGAGAAGGAAAAGGAGAAAGAGAAGGAAAAGGAAAAGUCGGCCACUGGCCUCGAGGGCCGCGGCGCCGACGGGACUUUGUCCCAGAAACAGGCCCUGGGGAUGGUGGCCUUGGGUCUCCUCACGGAGGCUCAGGCUUAG